ACUCCCCAAGAAAGAAAAGUUAUAAUUUAAACUUCUAAUUCCAGAAUUUAUAGGCAAAUGAUCUAAGAGCUGUUACUGGUAGCAUUAGCAUUUAGCUUCAUGUAAACAUGAUAAAGUGGUGUCCAAGACAACAGGACUAAACUAUAAAUAACCUUUUUUUUCUCUUGAUGUUUAUAUUCUACAAUAUUAAGGCAUUUAAUAAUGUUUCAUGUUAAAGAUGGAAGGUUUUAAACAAUUAACAGAUGUGUUAAACAACACAUUAAAUGAACUCAAGUAAUUUUUAUCUGUUUUUAAUCAAGUCAGUUACAACAGUUACAACCUGUAUUAUGUAAGACUCUUAAAAUCCUAUAUUAAAAAAUAAAUUAAUUCACACUUCAUUAUGGGGCAUGUUGUCACCCACUCUAAAAAGAGCUUUAUUUUAUUUUUGUAGAAUGUUAGACCAAAAGAAAUAUGUUGAAAAUGUAUUGCUGUUUUUGUUUCUGUGAGAAAUAUUAAUAAAUAAAUUAAUAAUUUUUACGUUUCCACAUGUAGCUAAUGAUAUUUCUUUUACCAGAGAAACAUUUCUAGAACUGCUGAAACACAACUGCCACAAGUUAUUAUUCUGUGAAAAGACCAAAAGUGUGUGUUAAACAACUACCGAACUAGUCCCCAAUCAGUGCUAAUGCUGUCCUACUGCCAACACCAUCAUCAUUAUAAAAAUCAAAUAUUCUUAUCAGACUGCAGCUGAGGAUAGGUUUGUGAGAUAACUUUAAGAUCAAAGACAAAAAAACAUAAAAGGUGAGUUUUUUUUUCUUAGUGAUUUUAACAACCACACAUUUUCGAGUUGUCUGAAUGGUGAUAACAUGUAUUCCCACCAUGGUAUGACGCACUGUUUAUACCUGUAUACAGGUUUUACUUAUUUUUGGUAUAAAUGUUGUGUCAUUCACUCACUAUCCCACACACACUGAUGGGACUUCUGGUUGUGAAUCACAAGCAGGAGAAGGGAGUAGAAAAUCACCAAGAUGGAUUUCACAAAGGACAAUAUGACACGUAAGGACAUGCUGGAGAAAAUUGCUGAGCUGGAUUAUAGUCAAAACCAGCUGAGGGACAUGAACUCUGCAAUGAGAAACUGGUUGGAUGCUGCAGAAGAUGACAUAGCAGUACUGCGCUCAGAGAACGCUGCCCUUAGAAAACAAGUGAAAAUCCUGGAAAAGCUGCCCAGUGAAGCACAUCAGGAUGAGGUAGACUCCAGUCCAUUCCUUCUAACAGAUAACCAAGAUUUCAAUAGAUGUAGUGAAAAAAAGAUUCAAGAAUUGGAAGAAGAAUCAUCCAUACUAAAAGAACAAAACAAGAAACUAACUUCAGAGUUAAAAAACAUCGAGCAGGAGAGGGAGCAGGACAAGAUCAGCCUUGGCAAAUUACAAGUUGCACAGAAAACUCUGGAGUUUGAAAUGGAGGCGGCUCAGAUGGAGUUGCAGGUCAGGGGUGAAGUAAUUCACCAGAAUGCCUUACAACUGAAGCAUUUGAAGGAAACAAUAGAAGAGUGUGCAAACCUCAUCAAGGAUCUCAGGCAGACAAAUCAGGAGCUGAAGGAACGGUUGGAGGAGAGACAGGAUGAAGCCUUACUCUCUGCUGUAAAUGAGUUGACAGAAGAGAGUGAACGGUCUGCAAGUCCCCCACUGUCCUUUUUGGAUGAAAUGAAGUUGUUCGCCUCUACAGAUGAAUUCAAAACCAGCAUGUCCAACUCUGAACAUUUCAAACACGAAGAAGCCAAGUCACUGGAAGUGCCAAAAACUCACAGCAUCAGAGUUGACCCUCCAACUGGAAGGCAAACAGGAACUCUUAGGAAAGCUAUGCAGACAGCUGGACUAGUAUUGAUUUUCAUCUACAUACUCCUUGUCUCGGCCUUUGUGGUCACAGGGAUAAUCUCAGGAAAGUGCCAUUUGUUUUUAAUCCACAACUUCUGGACUGGAACACAUUUGAUGUUACAGCCUUACUGUAAUGUAUAUUAUAGUGACUUGCCUCCUAUUUGACCAUAAGAGUUUACUCUUUAUCAAGUCAAACAAUCUCUUUUUCUGUUCUUUUUGUUACUAACUGGUGUUAAAUUGCAAAUAUUUACAAAUAUACUAUACCCUCAUAAAUAUUUUUUUAAAAUACUUAAAAAAAAUUCAAACAUAUUAAAUUGUUCAAAUUAAAAACAGGGGGAAAGUUGGCUUUUGCUGUUAAUAUGACUUACAAUAACAUUGUGUUAGACAUAUUCAUCAAAUGUACUGUUUUUGGUCAUGGUUGCAAGUUUUAUUUUGGAAAAGCAACUGGUCUCCAUGGAGCUCAGUGUGAAUUUAGUGGCUGUUUUUCUUCACCUCAUGCAUUCUGAAAUUAUCCCUUAGUUUAGAUAAACAAAGACCAUUGAGCUACCACUUCUUGUCUAGAGGAGUCUGCUAUAAAAAUAAUUUUAAUGUGUGCACGUACAACUUUAUUAGCCAGCAAUUAAUCACAUCAAAACAAGCCAUGUUAGGGCUGCACUCACUGGUAAUUAUUGUGAUUAGCUGUCUGUCUGUCUAUAUAGUUACAUUAGUAUUACGUUCAGUUUCCUAUUUGGUAAAACUUAACACUCAGUGAAGUACUGACCUCCGUAAUUAAGGCAAUGGAAAGCAGCAAAACAGAAAAUACAUGUAGAGGGCAGGGUCACUGCAGCUAAAUUCAUUGCAGUAAACGUAUAUUUUGCAUACUGUGUAUUUUUAUUCUAGUCACUUGUUAAUGUGUAUGUAAUUUUAAAAUGUAAAGGUUAAUUAUAAAAUCCCCAUUAUU